UCUUCUAUUAUUUUACACCGACAAAAACAACAAAGCCAAGUGAAUUGAAGUUACAAAGGCGAAGCAGACAUAUUAUCUACAAAGAAGAAAAGAUGAUCCAAGAACUGUUGGGAGGUUCAGGCCUUAUAGCGGGAGAGAGGAAAAUCUCUUCUCCAUCUCCUGCCCCAUCUCCUUCUUCUUCCUCAACAACUACGACAACCUCAGACAACCAAAGCUUGAGGUGUCCACGCUGCGAUUCUUCCAACACAAAGUUCUGUUACUACAACAACUACAACCUCACUCAGCCUCGCCACUUCUGCAAGACCUGUCGCCGUUAUUGGACAAAAGGCGGUGCACUCCGAAAUGUUCCGAUCGGAGGCGGAUGCCGAAAGAACAAAACUCCUACCAUGUCAGCAUCGGUCGGAAAAUCAAGCUCCGGCAAGAUGAAGACCAUAUCAUCUGAGAUUGGGAGGUCAGGCGGCUUUGGAAAUACUGGGUUUGAUCCCGACCUUCCAUCAAGCCCAAUUCUGUGGGGUUCGCCGCAGAAUUCUCAUCUCUUGGCCUUACUGAGGGCUACUCAAAAUCCUAACCCUAGCCCUAAUCCGUUGACUAAUUCUGUCAAUGUGAAGGAGGAGGGAAAUAUGGUUGGAUCACACAUGAUGUCGACUGACCCAGCGGUUGCAACCGGUGGAUUAAAUGCACGGGGCUUCGAUCCUCUAGGCCAGGUCCCUUCUCUGGGCCUGUGCAGCUCUUUCUGGAGAAAUAAUCAGCUGCAAGCCCAACCACAAAAUGGCUUUGUAGUUGCUGAAGUUCAAAACAGUGGGAUUCAAGAACUGUAUCAGCGGCUCAGAUCAUCAUCAACUAAUUUCUAUCCUGAUCAUCACUCACCAAUGGUUCUCGGCAACAUGGCUUCUUCAUCUUCAUCUUCCUCAUCCAUUUUGGAGUCUACUUCGGUUGCUGGGGUUGAAUUGGGGUACUGGAAUCCAGCAUUUUCUUGGUCUGAUCUUCCAACUACUAAUGGUGCAUAUCCUUGAAAAUUAAAUCCUUUUUUCUUUCGAUUUUUUUUUUCUUCAUAUGCUAGGAUUGUUGUCUCUGUGGUGCACUGGUGCUUGUUUGGGUUGUGGAAUAUGAAAGUAACCGUAGCAUCAGUUUUUUUUUCUUUUUCUUUUUAAAAAUCGUUCUGUUUGUGUGCGCUUUUAGGUGUGUUUAACUUAUGAGGGUGUACCAAGGACCAAAAGUGGUAUAAAUGGAAAAUGUUAGGUGUUUCUGAA